GGCCGGAACCUUUUUAUCUGUUUCGUUGUUUCUAAGGGGAACAAUUUCAGCGUCUUUCUAUUUGUACACUGAACUUUAUUGUUCGUUGGAAUUCGUUGUGUAUUUUCGUGGUAUGCUCAGAAUGUGUGAAACUACGAAAAAACAGAAAAGUUCAGAGGAGGUGUUCACGCACAUGUUUUCCUCCGAGGACCAAGAGCACCAGCAGGAUGUGAACAGGCCGGCUGAUCUUCCUCCAAUCACGGAGGACUGCAGAGGUCACGGAGGAGGCAACCAUCAAGGAGGAGACAGAAGAAUGAGUGAAACCAUGGAAGAAGAACAAAGUUACGAGGAAAUGUUCGCUCAAAGAUAUUCCUCCGAGGAUGAAGAGUACCAGCGGUAUGUGAACAGGCCAGCUGAUCCUCCUCCUAUCGUGGAGGAGUGGAGAGGUCGUGGCGGAGGAAACUAUCAAGCAAGAGACAGAAGGUACCAGGACCAUCAAGGAGGUCGCGGCUGGGGGGGGAACCGCCCUGGUAGAGGAGAGCAUUACAGGCAUCAGCAAGACAAAGACCAGUACGGGGGCUAUGAUCGUGGGUCUCAGUCAAACUCCCAUCAGGAAAACUACUCGCAUUAUCAUCGGCCGAUGAGUUAUGACAGAUACUGAUCUCUGUUAUGAGGAUUUCAUCAUUUGUAUAAAUAGCAAUGUUGUAUCUGUUAGUUUGUUUUAUGACGUCUUGCCAGUCUCAUACAGUGACAGAAAUGUUUGUUUUCGUCAUGAGUUUAUGGUAUAAAUGUAAAUUUGACCCAUAAAAAACAGGAAUACUUUCACAAAUACGCCGCUUGAAGGGGGGUGGGGAGAUUUAUCUUGCCUGUUAUUAUUGUAUGCAAGUUGGUAAAUACAUGAUGUAAUUAGGCAUUUUAGUGAAGAUUGUAAGUGAACUGUUUUAACCGUAAUCAAACACGACUUCAAAUGAAAUGAAGCAUAUGGCUUUGUGCUCGUUUUCAAGCUUGUCGAAGCUGCUCACGAUGUACCAUUUUCAAUAAAGUGGUACCCUGAU